CCGUCCGAAUGGUACGCGUGCUAUGACCACCUCCCUGGUCCUGAAUCCUCGUUGGGCAGAUGCUGUAAUGUUUGUGUAUGAAAAUAACUUGGAUGAUCUUAACAAGAACAUGGAGGGUCUGGUUGGUAGCAGCAAUUUCGCGGCCAACCAGUGCAGAAAUCUGAUAGCUCACUCAGCCCUGAGCGGUCAUCCUUCCAGCCUUGUGCAUGGUUCCAGCUAUUCCUCUGUGGACAUGAGUACCUCGAGUUCAGGAGAAACUAGUAAGCAAUGCACUCCGUGUGCAUCGGUACCUCAGGCUUCGUCCACGGGGCCUAUACCUUAUGGUUACUUUGGCAACAGCUAUUAUCCCUGCAGGAUGGGGCGGGGUUCACUCAAGACUUGCACGCAACCAAGCGCACUUGGCUACUCUGCGGAGAAAUAUAUGGACACCCCGGUCACAUCUGAAGAAUAUCCCACAAGGGCCAAAGAGUUCGCUUUUUAUCAUGGCUAUCAUGGUCCUUAUCAGUCCAUGGCGAGCUAUUUGGACGUAUCCGUGGUACAGACAUUAGGGACCAGCGAGCCACGGCACGAUAGUCUCCUUCAUAUGGACAGUUACCAACCUUGGUCUCUGGCUAAUGGAUGGGGAGGUCAAAUGUAUUGUUCCAAAGACCAAAGCCAAGCCGGCCAUCUGUGGAAAUCUGCAUUGGCAGAUGUUGUUGCCCACCAACAUGACGGGGGCUCUUUUCGCCGAGGUAGAAAGAAAAGGAUACCGUACACCAAAGUGCAACUAAAGGAACUGGAGAAAGAAUAUGCAGCCAACAAGUUCAUCACCAAAGACAAGAGGAGGAAGAUUUCUUCGGUAACCAACUUGUCCGAGAGGCAGAUCACAAUCUGGUUUCAGAACAGGAGGGUAAAGGAAAAGAAAUUUGUUGCCAAAGUUAAGAACAGCACUCCAUAAUGGGCAUUUGUGCAACAAGACAUUUUUAUAUCUGUGACUCAUAUUACAGAAAAAAUCGACUUGACUUGACUUUACUGGGAUUGGUUGUGCUCUUUCUUGCGUAUUUUAAUCGCGAACUAAGGAAUGACAUAGGGUAAACAAUUACUGUUAUAAAAUAAAAAACACAAAUAUGCCAAAAUAUGUCUUUGUGGGAUUUUACAGACAAGAUAAUGUUAGAAUUUUAGGCAUGUCGAUGUUGUUAGUGCAGUAGAAAUAUAGCUUAUUAAACUAUAUACUCAUUAAUAUUCUUUAACAUACUAAUGCGACAUGUAUUGGAUGUAUAUAUGUAACAAUUAAAAAAAUCACGUUAGUCUUUUAAAGCAAUUUACUGCCUUAGCUAAUUUUCAUAAUAACCUAAUUUGUAAAAUUGUGCUAUUAGAUAUGUCAAGUGUUGUCCCGUAAACGUCUCAUUUACAUUCAUGUUAAUUUCAAACAAAUUACAGUCUUGUUGGGGCGUCAGGUUGUCUACUUGUCAACUUGCAACGAGUUUAUGAGCACUUCUAAGUUUUUUUUUCCCAUCAUUUCCUGACAAUCCUAGACACGGGACUUACUUUUCUUUAUGAUACACCAUAUUGUAAAUAUCAUACAAAUUUACUUGGA